AAAUGAAUCGCAAUGUUUCUUUUCAACAAAAUCAAUCUGGAGAUGAGCAGCAGCCGGAGCGACCGAAUAUGCAAAACCAGCGUACGGCAAGUACGAUGAGAUCCAGGACGAACAAGCAGAAGCGACCAGAUAUGCGAAAUCAACACACCAUGAGCACGCUAAGACCCAGGAUGAGCCGCAUGGCUACACAAAUGAGCAAAAUGGCCACCAAUGCUACCGGAGGAACUGCGGAACAAGGUGGUUACUCACUGGCUGGUUCACAAACGGGAGGAAACCGUGGUGGACCCAACAGAGACACCUAUGUUGCAGAAGGAUACCGCAAUCUCAACCCACAGUAUGAANAAAAGCAGAACGAACCGACGUUCAGCCUGAGUUCCAAUCUACCGCGUACAGUACGUGGUUGGCAAGGAAAGAAGAAGAAUGAGGGCCCAAACUCUUCUGGAACAGCGCCCGGUAUAAAACCUGCCGAGAAGGGUGAAGGAGAAGCCGCUCCUCAGCUUCAAGACGCCGAUGAACGUAAAAAACAUCGUGGUGGCGAGAAGCAGAAUCCCGAACCUUCUGAUGAGCAAAAACACCAAAAUCAUGGAUCUACCCAGAGCAAUCAGUCUGGAGGCAUGAUGAUGCACGAAGCUGGUGCUCAAGCUGGUGAUGGUGAAAACACAGGUGUCAUUGAAGACGAAGCGGUUUACUCUCCUGGCAACGACAGCGACGACACAACACUUGCACCCGAGGACGAGGAAGUACUUGACGAGCCUGCGCCUUUCAAUUCAUGGGCGAUUACUACCGUUUUCGUCGCCAUCGGCGUCAGCAGCAAUCUUGCGGUAGCAACUGGAGAAUCACAACACCCUGGAAUCUAUCAGAACAUGUAUUGGGGUUGGGGUUUGGCUGUCAUGUUGGGCAUCUACAUCUCGGGUGGAAGCUCAGGUGCACAUCUCAACCCAGCCGUUUCCAUUCCCCUUUGGAUCUACCGCGGAUUCCCUGCUCGUAAGCUUCCAGUCUUUAUCAUCUUCCAAAUCCUGGGCGCCUUUACUGGCGGCCUCAUCGCCAUAGCCAUCUACCGUGACGCAAUUCUUUACAAUGAUGGUGGUCUCAUCGCCUCAUCGACUGGCAUCCAGAUAUAUACACAACCUAAAGAUUGGGUGCAGCCUGCGACAGCCUUCUUCACCGAAUUCCUUGGUACCGCAAUCCUCACUUGCUCCAUUCUAGCGCUUGGUGACGACUCAAACUCGCCCCCCGGUGCCGGUAUGCACGCCUUUAUCAUCGGUCUCCUCGUCAUCACCCUCAUCAUGUCCCUCGGCUCGAACACAGGCGGCUGCUUCAAUCCCGUACGAGACUUUGGCCCUCGCCUCGCGGCAAUGGCCAUGGGUUACGGCACCGAAGUCUUUACCGCCUACCACAAUUGGUGGAUCUGGGGUGCGUGGGGCGCUACACUAUCUGGCGGUAUCGCUGGUGGUGUUCUCUACGACACCUGUAUCUUCAAGGGCGGCGAGAGUCCCGUCAACUACACACCCAAGAAAUGGCAGGGCAAAGCCAACGAAGGCAAACUGGACCUUUUGCAAAUGUUCCGUCAGCACACUCAAGCUCGUGACCUUGAGACAGCCAUGGAGAAGGGAGAAGUGGAAAAUGGAGGUUCC